AUGUCACAUGAUCAAGCGAAUUUGAUCAAAUACAAGUGGAUCGAUGGUGUAGAGACACUCGAGCAUUAUGUUCCCGGGGGCUAUCAUCCUGUUAUGAUUGGCGAUGUCCUCCACGACAGAUACCACAUUGUUGACAAACUUGGGUUCGGCGGGUAUUCGACUGUUUGGCUUGCUCGAGACUCUCGUUACGACCACUAUGUUGCGUUGAAAGUCGGCAUCGCACACUGGGGAAAGGACGCGCUUUUGCGUGAAACAAGAAGUCUCCGGGCACUUUCUGCGCCGCUACCAUCUUCUGCUUCUAGACAGCAACGUCUAGGACACGGUUCAAUACCUUGUCUCCUAGAUCAAUUUGAGGUACAUGGCCCUAAUGGGACGCAUGUCUGCUACACAACCACUCCCGCCCGGUGCAAUCUCCACGAAGUUUCUUUCAGCCGUCUUUUUCCUCUUGACGUCGCGCGAGCGCUAUCGGGUGGGCUGGCUCUGGCUCUCGCAUAUAUCCAUUCAAGAGGCUAUGUUCACGGAGAUAUCCAGUUGCAGAACAUUUUUGUCAAGCUACCAUCGAGUUUCGAUGCGCUUUCAAUUGACCAGCUGUACGAAAAAUACGGCAAACCUGCAACAGUGGAUGUUAGACGUAAAGAUGGCGAACCACUUCCACCAAACAUUCCACUCAAAGCGGUCUUGCCGCUAUACCUUGGUAAAAAAGCGCAGGAGUUUACCCUUGCCGAUGUCCGCGUCCUCCUGAGUGACUUUGGCGAGGCAUUUGCCCCAGGCACAGAUAUUCGCCCUGGAAAAGCUAGCAAUAUCCCUCUAGCUUUUCAGCCACCAGAGGUUCGCUUUGAACCAGAUGCCCCAUUGACGUUCUCCUCAGACAUAUGGAGUCUGGCGACUGCCAUAUGGGAGAUUAUCGGUAUGAAAGCUAUUUUCAGUACUGACUGGCUGACUGAGGAUGAGAUGACAGCCCAGCAUAUCGAUGAGCUAGGACCCAUGCCUUUGAGCUGGUGGGACCGCUGGGAGAAGAGGGGUGAAUUCUUUGAUGAGAAUGUGCGCCCGAUAGAAGGUAGGGACGUGUGGCCGCCUCUUGACCAGGCGUUUGAGGAUUUUGUACAGGUGUCUCGUCGGAAGCGUGGGAUGGGAGAGUUUGGCAAGGAAGAAACCAUUGCUCUUUUACAUUUGAUGCGACGCAUGCUGGCCUACCUGCCGGAAGACAGGCCAACUGUUGAAGAGGUACUCAAGUCGGAGUGGAUAGUCAAGUGGGUGAUGCCGGAUUUCGAGCGGAGUUUGCAGGCGCAGCAAUAA